CAUACGGGUUUGAUUGAAUAAGCUCUCUCUCUCGCUUCCCUGCUUGGCUAUACUCAGUUGACCGUCUCCUUUGCUGUGGUCCACUGUCCACUGUUUCCUUUGACAAAGAAGGCACGAAAGACGAGGUGUGGUGUGUGUGUGUUGCUGGACGACGCGCCAGUGUGCACUGUGUGCACUGUCUUGGGUGAGAUUGUACAUUGUGUGUGUAUGUGUGUUUGCAUCUGUGUGACUCAGUCUCAGACCUCUCCUUGCAGCUGCCAACACCAGGUAUGAAGACCCGUUUAAUAUUCCUUUGGCUAUUGGCCUCAGCAUUUUCUGUGUCUGUCAAAGGAAAACCUCACGACAAACAUGAAGCUUUGUCCAAGUCCUCACACAUAGCUAAACAGAAGGACAUUGUUCCAGAUGAGGUCAAUGAGGGGGAGGUCCUGCCGACCUUCAUGACCUUUGAGUCUAGCAGUCAGGAGCAGGAGGACGAAGACAUAAGCUAUGAGGACAAUGCUAAUGUUAAUGUGGGUCCCUCCAAUGAGGGAGGGGUGUUUGAUGUGUCCGACAGUGGUGAGAGGAGCACCCCCGUCCUGCUGAGAGAUAAGGCACUGGUGGACCUCCUCCAGGGGGAGUCAGAGGAAGAAGAGGUGGAAGAGGAGGAGGAGGAGGAAGAAGAGGAGGAGGGAAAGAUCGAGUCUGAGGAGACACAGUCUGAAGAGGAGGAGGAGGAGGAGGAGGGAGAAGAAGAGGUGGGAGACUUGGAAAAGGAGGAGGAAGAUGAGGAGGUGGUAGAGGUGGAUGUGGAGGCAGAGAAAGAGGUGGAAAAGGUGAAGGCGAUGGAGGAGGAGUCAGUUGAGGAUGAGGAGAAGAGAGAGAAAGAGGACGAGGAGGAACAUGUGGUCGGGGACAUAGGAGUAGAGGAAGAGGUUCAAGUUGAAGAGACGGACAGCAACACCGAGCCUGAGAUUCCAGAGGAUCUGGAUUACGCCAGCGACAGCGACAACACAGAGCCUCUUGAAACCGAGCUUGAGGAAGGGAAACCCCUCGCCGAAGACGGCCAGUUCCUUUCAAAUAAGAAAGUGGAGGCCGAGGUGGAGGAGAAAGAAGAACAAGCUAGCAAGGAUGACGAAAUCCCCACUGCCACUGAUGACUAUGAGUCCCAGCCAGACAUACAAGACGCCGAGUUCACUGAGAGCCAGGAAGUGCUCGGCCAGUACAAGUACGAUUCCCAAGAAAAGGGGACCAAUAAAAAGGACGCAGACACAGACACUGAACUCCAAGAGACAAAGAACAGUGUGGAUCUUGAUGGGACACAUCUUUCAGUAGAAGGGGGAGAAGAGAAGGAGGAGAAGACCAUAAACAAGAGUGCCAGUCACACCAGAGGCAAAGCCAGGAAGCAGAGGAAGAACCAGAGAGUGAGGAAGCACCCCCUACAGAGGGAUGAGGCCCCACCAGGAGAGGGAGUCCCAGACCACCAGGGGGAUGAGGGUGUGAAGGAGCACUACCGCACCACCGACAGUGCUGUAUACAAGCCGAAGAGGAGAAGAGCAGGGAAAUGGGCUCCUCUGGUGGGAAUGAACCCGGUCCAGAUCAGGGCGACAGUGGACCUCUAUCCCAGCACCAGGCCCUCUUUGGCGGCCAGCCUAUACAGACCCCAAGCAUCUGCUGCCGACCCUUGUGAGAACUUCCGUUGUAAACAUGGAAAGACCUGUAAACUCAACAAGGAGAAGAAGCCUGUGUGUGUGUGUCAUGAGCCUUCUGCCUGCCCACAGAGUGUCACUGACUAUGAUCAUGUAUGUGGAACUGACAAUGUCACCUACACACCCUGUGAGUUCUUUGCCACUAAGUGCAACCUGGAAGGCACCAAGAGAGGCCAUAGACUUCACCUGGACUACACUGGAGUCUGCAAAUUCAUAGAACCCUGUAUGACUGGCGAACUGGUCCAGUUUCCUCUGCGUAUGCGCGACUGGCUGAAGAACGUCUUGCUGCAUCUCUAUGAACAUGACUCCAUGUCCCCUGGCUUCCUCACCCCCAAGCAACGCAUCAGAGUGAGAAAGAUCCACGAGAGUGAGAGGCGCCUCCAUGCCGGCGACCACCCCAUUGAGUUGCUGGCCCAGGACUUUGAGAAGAACUACAACAUGUACAUCUAUCCCGUGCACUGGCAGUUUGCUCAGAUGGACCAGCACCCUUCUGACAGGUUCCUGUCCCACUCUGAGCUGGCCCCCCUGAGGGUCCCAUUAGUCCCCAUGGAGCAUUGUACCUCCCGCUUCUUCCAGGAGUGUGACGCAGACAAAGACAAACAUGUGUCCUUCAGGGAGUGGACCCACUGCUUCGGCAUCAAGGAUGAGGACAUGGAUGUCAACCUGCUCUUCUGAGUCCAAUCAGUACCUCAUCAGGCAACCAGCUUAAAUAAGCAUUUAACAAAAUAACCUUCAAUCAUGGCAGAACCACAUACCUUAAUUGGAGAGUCACUUGUGUUGAUUUCAACUGUAUGUUUUUGGGAUGUUCUGUAAAGUUAGCCUGGUGGAACCAGCCUGAUCUCUGUGUUCACCAUUCUAUUUAACUUCACAUAUCAGUUUGGCAUUGCUCCUUAUUGAAACUGUUUGAGCCUAUGUCUGUAAUGAGAGGCAUUAUUCAAAACUAACUUGUCAGUGAUGAAAUCACCUUUAACCAAUCAAAGGACGACCUAAUUCAAAGCACAGGAUUUUGGGGGUGGGUUUUCUGAGAGGAUGCUGAUUUUGACCAGUAAUUUCUUGGUUUGUCCAAAACUCCCAUCUACAAUAGCUACUGAGAUGUUUUAUAGCAAAGUUCCACCCCUAGUCGACAUAACAAACCACAGAUAUUAGGAACAGUUCACAAAGUGAGACUUUAUAAAUGAGAAAGGAGUAUCCCGUAGCCAGAUAACAUUCGCUAUAAAUUAUUGUUCAGUUUGGCCUCUAAGACGAGGUUGCUAUCUUGUUCCUGUUACUCCUAGUACAAAAAUACCAACUCAUCCAAUGGCAUCAAUCAAUUGUCAACUCUAGACACUACCACACACAUCCCCCAAGGCCAAAGGAGGGAGUGACUGGCGCACAGACAUUGUGGAAACCAGUAAUUGGUUCCCCAUUAAUCACACCAUCCCUUCAC